GACCGCCGUUCCGAGUGCACGCCGCGCCGCGCACGCACACCACGCACCCGUCGCCAUGAUGCGGCGCGGUUCAAUGGCCAUCGCCGGCGGCGGCGAGCCCUUGAUCGUGGUGGAGGAGAGUGGGGCUGAAGACGCCGAAUCUUACCGGUCCCCCGUACCUAUACGUGGGUUCUCUGAGGACCAAGAGUCUCCACCAGAUCCAUACCACCUGUCGCCGUGGCGCGAAACUCGCAAGCACUCUCUUCCAACGCCAUCAUGCACGUCUGGACCUACUGCUAGUCAGGUACGACGGUUAUCGGAGCGUGGAGAGGGUGUAGUGCGUGAAGCCCGUGAAGCAGCAUUCUUGGCCACUUUAAGCCAAGCUCCUCCCCAGCCUGGAGGCCGAAGACAUUCCGUUGUGACAAUAUCGAGAGUGCCUCAGGCGCUCUUCGGACGAGGUCGUCGUGAAUCAAUUGCGGCAUUCCCUGCUCUUUCCCGUCGUCGUGACUCGGGUGCGAAAAAAUGUCCACCAGCUACUGACAAUCUGGGAAGUACGCACAACCUUCAACUGGAUAUAAUGGACGAUAUCGUUCAAGCUCGCAAAGUACGAAUGCGGCUCUGGAACACGUCAAACGAAAGAGUUUGUGAAGUUCAACCUCUCGAUGAACGAUCCCCCAUAAGCAGUUCCGUCAGAUACACGAAAAGUGGACGUCGACAUUCAGAUUUCAUUGGGUCACCAUUGCCACCCAUUCCAGCGCGUCGUCGUGCUUCAGAAAUGCCUCCACCUAUACCGCCGCGGGCUGGAGCAGGCGUUGUUUGCACUGAUACAGAUCUCAAACUUAUGUUAAAUGCACUGACUUCUUCUGCUACAGAAAUAGAUCGAUGCGGUAAGCCUGACCGCAAUAGACGACUGGCUGAUAUGCGCUCUAGCAGUUUUGAUGCAUCUACAUUACGUGAAAAACUAUCAGAAUCGGGAACGACUUGGUUUACUCGACGACAUCAAACACUUGCAACUAAGAAGAAAGAAAAUGAGAUAAAGAAACCAAGAGUGACAUUCGCACCAGAUGCUAAACCAGCAACAGGAGAUGCAGCUGCUGUAGUAUGGGACAAGCCAUCGGGCUCAGUAGUUGACGCAAGCGCACUCGGAAGCGCUAUUGAAGUUUUCCUACGUAGUGGCAAUACUGUCAAUCCCGGACCAUCGACAUCCGGUAUAUCAGUGCCACAAGUAACUAAACCGAAACCCGAAAAUGAAGCACGACCGAGCACGAGCCGAGCGGGACGUAGUGAAGGUGAACGCUGGUUCAUAAACAGAUCAGAAGAAGAAGAGGGCUGCGAUGCUUCUUUAUGCUCAUCGCUGAAAGAUCUUUUUGUGUAA